UUAAGGUUUUUCAGACAGGAUCACUCGGUGCAUCACCAAAAUUGACUCCAAUGGAUGGAAGGUUUCCUUUAGAAGAACUUCACAAAAGGCAACGUCCUGAUCCGGAGAACAAAGAUGCCAGUGAUACAGAGGAUGACGAAGAUGAUGAUGAUGCUAAUGAUCCGAAGGAUGGUGCCGGUGAUGAGGACUUCUCAGGUGAAGAAGGAGAGGAAGAAGGAGAUCCUGAGGAUGAUCCUGUGGCAAAUGGUGCUGGAGGUAGUGAUGAUGAGGAUGAGGAUGAUGAUGGUGAUGAUGAAGACGACAAUGAGGAUGGGGAGGAAGAGGAAGAAGAAGAGGAGGAAGAAGAGGUUCCCCAGCCACCUACAAAGAAGAGGAAGUGAGAUAUUUUUGCUUUCUCAUUCUAAUGAGAAGUUUGGGGUAUGGAGGGAAAAAUUCAGCUAGUCAGUCUGCCUAGUGCGUAGGGUAGGAUUUACCAAGUCUAGAUUCUUAGUGGACAUCUGUUGUGGUCUUGAUCAUGUUGUUGAUU